AUGGCACUUAAGUUCCGCCUUUCGUGGCUUAUUCUUCUGCAGGUUUUCAGCAGAUUAACUCACGAGUGCAGUGGCCUAAAACUGUCAAAGAGUACAGCCCUUUUGGUUUUUGGUAAUUCAGCUGUUGAUACAGGCAGCAACAACUAUAUACCUACUAUACCCAGAAGCAACUAUGCUCCUUAUGGCAUUAAUUUCACACGUCACAUUCCUACCGGAAGGUAUUCAGACGAAAAACUCCUUCCUGACAUUUCUUGGCCACACAAGGCCUCAAAGAUGUUAUUCCUCCUUCUCUGCGGAGAAACUUAUCCGAUGAUGAACUGCUUUCGGGUGUCAUCCGCUGCAGCAGGAUUUGAUGAUCAAACUAAGAGUGUUACCAAUGCAAUUCCAACGUCGAAGCAACCCCGAUUUUUAAGGGAUUACUUACCUAAGCUCGAGAGGAUUACCGACAUACACUAUGCUGUUCUUUGUCUACCUCAGUUCUUUCUUGUAAAGGAGAGGACAUGUAUAGAACAUGUCAACUCAGAUGCUUCACUUUACAAUGAGGAACUGGUUCAAUUCGUGGAAGUCACUCAGUUGUGUAAUCCCAUCACCCCAGUAUGUAGGAACCAAUCCCAGUACUUAUUCAGGGAUAGCAUGCAUCCAACUGAUGCAGCUUACUGA